GCAGCUUCCAAUCAAGGUGUGGGAGAACGUAAUCGACCAUCUGUGGGACGACCAGCAUGCUUUGUUGGAGUGCAGGCUCGUCUGUCGAGUGUGGAACCCUCCCAGUCGCGUCCACUUGCACAGGCUGAUUGAGAUCAAGAGUGCUACCGGUGUGAAGGCCUAUGCGAAGAUGUUGAAGCAGACACCCGAGCUGUCGAAGUGGGCACACAAUAUGUCCAUAGGGGACGCUUGGGAGAAGGCCUCAGAUCUGUCAGCACUGUCGACGGCGGCGAUCAUGCUUGCUCGCAAGCUGCCCCGGCUGGAGCAGCUCACAAUCCAACAUUCAGAAUGGAAGCCGUGGACGAUGCACAGAGAUGUCUUCCUGCAUCUCUCUGGCUUCUCCGUCACUCGCCUCGAUCUCUGGUAUGUUACAUUCCCGUCGAUCACCGUCUUCGGGCGUCUCGUCUGCGCCCUGCCAGGCCUGGUCGAGCUCAAAUGCUUCAAUCUGAAAUUCAAAGAUGACUACUUCCAUCGCGAGACAUUUGGUCUAUAUCACAACCGCGUCAACAUCAGGUCCUUGUCACUCGAGGGAGAUUAUCUCAGGAGACCUGAGAAACUCAUUGACUUCCUUGCUCUUCCUUGCUUCUCGAGUCGCUUGCAGAGACUCGUCAUCGAUGAUUUAUUUCAUGUGGCUGAAUCCCAACCCAAAUGGAAAUGUCAGCGACUAUUAAAUGCUGCAUCUGGCUCACUCUCAGAAUUGCGAUUGAGUCUUAUAUACUUUGGACAAUUGACACAUAUAGACGUGUCUGCUGCAGAUUCGGUGUCAUCCUUCACUCACAAUACCUCGCUGCAGAGACUAUGGCUAGCCUUUCCCGAUAAGUUGGGAGUUUUUGACCUGGAUGCAUUGUGUCAGGUCUUACUUUCAAUCACAUCAGGCCAGCUGCGAGAAAUUGUGAUAUUAUUCAAGUGGUUUGCCGACGCUAGAGGAGCCAAUAAAGUAAAGCGGGAAGUGAAGAAGUUGCUCCAAAUCGACGAGUCUGCUCGCCAUAAAGAGAUUGAUAAUUAUCUUUCAUCCGUCUCAUUCAAGACACUGAUCAAAGUUGAAUUUGCACUUGAAUGUUACCAUCUCAAACUCGUUGAGGCAGCUACAGUGGCUGAGGAGCAGUGGAAGCAACAACUUGCAUCUUUAUUCCCACAACUGACCAAGCGAGGUAUCUUCCGCGCCACGCUGAGAGGAGGCGGGUAUGAAAAGAACUUUUGAUCAUCGCGGCCGUUGUAUCUUCAGCAGAUGCUUCUCGAAUUCGUGGUCUUGUCUCCACGCUGGAAACGAUGAAGUGUACGCUCAAGUGGAUCGCGAAGGCUUCUAUCCUCAUCUCUCCAGCUUUUCGAAGGUCGUACGGUACUGCGCAUUCUCGGUUACGCACCGCGGUUCCUUCCACAAUC